AAAUUGGUCAAUCGACGGAAGAAGGCUUCUCUAAUUCUCCUGAUUCCAUUCUUACUGUGGUUUACUUCUGUCCUGCAGACUAGCUUUCUUUUACAAUAUACUCUUCUGCACAAUUCACAAUUCACAAUUCCGACAAUUUGUGGCAGUUUAAAGGUCAUGUCUCGUCUAAUUAAUAAAGAGUGGAUGAACGAAAGUGAUAGAGGAGGUCAUGUUUAUACAAAGGGGGUUGAAGAUUUUCUUGAAUUUGCUGAUAGAACCAAUGUUACUGAGUUGGCCACAAUACCUUGCCCAUGUGUAAAAUGUCGAAACAGGAUGCGUCAUACUCCUAUAAAUGUUAGAAAACAUCUCGUCAGAAAUGGCAUAGACAAAUCAUAUACGUUAUGGGCUUUGCACGGUGAAAAACCAUUUGUGAAUUCCUUUAUUGAUCCAAUUGCUGAAGAUGCUCACCAAGAAAACAUUAGAGAAGAACAAAUAUUGGUUAGAGAGCUUGAGAUGCGCAAUUUGGUGGACAAUAUUCAUGGGUUGCAUGGGGAAUAUGAAGAAACCGGUGGUGUUGGCCAGGAAAAAGUUUCAGAAGAACAACAUUUUAGUAGUGAAAAAUAUAAUGAAUACAAAAGAUUAUCAUCUGAGAAAUUAUACUCUUCAUGUGAAGGAUCAGAGCUCAUUGGUUUUGAUAAUGUCGAGUUUUGAGGUUUUUUAUUCGUGCAUCUAUCUGUAAGCUAUCUAUCUAUAUAUCUAUCGAUGCACUACUUUGGUUUUGUUUAGCGCUCUAAUUGAAUUGUUGGAUGAAUAUAUUUAGAUUUAUAUAUGAAAUGAACAUAUAAUUAUUUCAUGAUU